AGGUCUGAGACAUCCCAAUCAGAGACUCAGACUCACCUGCAUUUGUAUAGGCGUCUGUAUAUUGAACUACCACUGUGUGGUGCGAGGACCCUCGAUUGCGUUCUUUUUGAAAUGACGAUUGGACAAGGACGGGAUUCGAAUAGUGAUGGCACUGCAUCACCGCAAAGCUCACCAAGGCCACAGAGGGUAAAGGUCAGGGAUCCAAGGUGGCUGCAAGUGCAAGUCUGUCAAGACUUCAUAGCACACAAGUGUCCCAGAACCGAAGGUGAAUGUGCAUAUGCCCAUCCUCCAGCAAACUGUAUUGUGGAAGCUGGCAAAGUUACCGCAUGUUUUGAUGCAAUGAAAGGCAGAUGUCAAAGGGAUAAAUGCAAGUACUUUCAUCCCCCAAAGCACAUCAGCGAGCAUCUAGAAUCGUUGGGAAAGGCCUAUCAACAACAACGUGUAGCAUCUUACCAUAGAGACCACGUGUUCCCUCAUUCCCAUAUGCCAUUCACAGAAGGACCUCUCCAGAGCCUGCCCCUUGGCCACUGGAUGCCAAGAUGGCACAGCUCAGAAAAGCUCCCAUCGGAACCCCCUUCCCCACGAAGCCCAAAUUUGCCAAGAAGACUGGACAAGUCAGACAAACUCGAGGUUUGCAGUGAUUUCAUGAACAACACGUGUCCACAUGAAGAAUGCAUAUGUCCAUUUGCUCACCCCCCGCCAAUGAUCCCUCCCGGUGUAGAUGGGUACAUAACUGUCUGCAUGGACUACAUGAAGGGAGAGUGCCAGAGAAUCAGUUGCCGCUACUUCCAUCCUCCGCCUCAUCUUCAGGCACGUGUCAAAGCUGCACAGAGGAGACCAUCUCAGGUUUACGGACCCAUAUAUCAAGGCAGUAUAUCACCAGUAAUGGGACCUCAGAUGAUAUGCUCCUCGCCGAUGUCGAUGCCUGGUCAGCAAAUACAAGUACCUGUACCGGUUGCCGGUCCAAGUGGAAUGCCUUCUUUGAUUCCUGUUCCACCGGAAAUGUAUUUUCCUGUCAGUCAGGAGAGACAACCUAUGAUGCCAGUUCAUCUUCCACCGCUUCAGGCGUUCAUUUGGCCAACAGGUGAACCGGUAUGCUGUCAAUGCCACCUCCACCGGACGGGUACAGGCAUAUUCCCGGACAGUUCAUUAGCCAAUAUGUCGAGACUAUGACGCCUCCUGCAACUCCAUAGAUAUGACUGUGGAAGACUCGAGUUGACAUGUGAAGCCGUACGGUUCAAAAACAAUCAAAAACAUUGACACCUAAACAGGCCGAUUUUGGGGGACUGAGGCAGUGCCAAAGAGUUUGGAGGGCAAGGAAAUCAGGCAUGUGUUGGAAGUAAUGGUUUAGGGUUUAAACUUGAAGGGUUAUGAUAAGAUUUGAUUUGAUAAACAACUGUAUUGUACCAUUGAUAUACUUGAGGCUACACAAAUACUCGCAAGUGCCAGUAUUAAAGUUGUGAUGUUUGGGUCAUCAUGACGUCGCAAUGCAGUUAUGCUAGAAGCUAGUUUUAUCAAAGUAACACACCAAAAGCAAUGUAGAUCAGAAUUUGAAUAGGCGUGUGUUAGAUAGUAUAGUACAUUAUCCUGGCAUUUUGAAGAAAAUUUGAAUAGCCUUAAGAAAUGAAAUAAAAUAGUGAUUAGGACUUUAAUUCAUAUACUAGUAUAAAUAUAUAUUAAAUUGCUUUAUUAAAAAGCAAAUGUGUGUGUUUGAGUCGUUUGUAGUCGGACUAGUUAUUGGUAUUUGAAGAACUGCCUUCACAAGACAUUCUUGAAACCUGUGAACCAGGCCCAGCCAAGGUAUUCGGUGUAGGACUGCAUAAGUACGACAUGAUCCAAGAAUUUGAAAUUUGCAAAUAUAAACAAACUAUUGAUAUUUAAAAUACCUAUAGCUAAUGAAGUCUACAUAGCUUUUUGAAGUAAGGGGAAAAUCCCUUGCUAUUUGUGUCUAUGAAGAUAUUCAAGGACGGAAGUAUAUAAACCCCCAUUAGUGAUUACAGGCUAAAAUAGAGUUGCAGAGAGCUGAAUGUUUGUGGAUUAGCAGUUCUGUAUUUUUGUAGGCUAGAUAAACCCAUCUCUGACGAUGGUAUCAUCUUGUACAAUUAGUGUCACGUGAGACAUUCAAUGUUAGCAUACGUGGAGGUAAGUUCAGAACAAUCUAUGGGCAACCCAUAGAUGUAAAACCCUCGAAUAGUCAGUUUCGUAUUUCAAAUAUUGAUAAACUGUCUAACAUUCUUCAGUAGCUUUCACAUAGCCAUUGAUUUUUUAACGAUGGUGUCUUACUCAAAUUCCCUAAAAAAUCGUGUCACAUUUCCUAUUAAUUCGUACCUAGAGAUGUCAGAAUUGAUGGAAUUCAGACCCUUGGUGUCUGACUACCCCCUUGUGCUAUACCAUUGAGUGUCCACUCCAGGCAAGAGGUAGAAAACAGAUAGUAGAUUUAGAAAGUUUAAUUUUGUUUUGUUGAGGGAUUGUUUUUACGUAUCUUUGUGUAUUUGUGUCGUAGUCGUGUCCGGUUAGCUGUUCAUAGCUUUUGUUUCUGUACCCCUCAGGUGAUAUGUUUAUAAUACUUACCGAAUUAGGGUAUGCACUUUUGUAAAACGUUUUUCUGUGCUUUUCUUGUAAGAAUUGUAGAAUUUAUUGGUGAACAGGCGUAAGAAUAUUCAUGGAGACUCGUAUCAAUUGAUGAUCAAAAAUAGCAUGCAAUAUCUUUUUAAGGGGACAUCACGAGAGCCAUUUUCUAAAAAAUAGGUUUCACAUUUAUGGUGAAUUCAUUCAAAUUAAGAAAUAUUGAACCAACGAGGUUUUCCACCAAUUUUUACGCCGCCAAAUUAGUGUCGUUGCAAGCGUUUUGAAGUUGGUUUAUUGUAAAGGGGGGGGGGGGUAGAUUUUUUGUUUCAGUAUGUUUUGUUGAAAAGCAUUUGCCUUCGUUAUUAUUAGAGUAUCUACUUAUACUUCUGUAAACUUAGUUGGGUAGUUAAUGCAAAUGUUGAAGUAUCCAGAA